UCAUAUCCCUCUCCCCCACCCUGUGGCUGUGCUGAGAAAGCUUUUCCACCUGCUCUUCAGAGAAGCUUGAAAGUCUGAACUAGAAGGAAGGGAGGUUACCAGGGUGGAGAGUGAGGUGAUCCCCCCCUUCACAAACCAUUUCAGGACUGUACCCGCUCUCCAUUUAGUACUUUGCUGAAUAAAGCAGAGGAGGAAACCUGAAGAGGAUUGAGAAUGUCAGACAACCUGAAUUAGGAGGAAGGGAACUGCUAAAAGAAGCUGUAGGAAACUGGGAGAUCCCAGUAGACGCUUCAGAGCAAAGGUGUAUGUCUUGAAAGCAGAAUGAGUCAGAAAGGAUCUUCAAGCAGCCACCCUGGCUCUGCAAAUGGCAGCAUGGGCAAAGCAGAUGGAGCUGCCAAAAUGAGUGCAAAAGAUUUAUAUGAGCAAAGGAAGAAAUACUCCAACUCCAACAUCAUUAUGCAUGAAACAUCACAGUACCAUGUACAGCACUUAGCAACCUUCAUCAUGGACAAAAGCGAGGCCAUUGUAACGGUGGAUGAUGCCAUUAGGAAACUCAAGCAACUUAACUCCAAAGAGAAGAUCUGGGCACAAGAGAUGCUGUUGCAAGUGAACGACAAGUCCAUUCGACUGCUGGACUGCGAAACCCAGGAAGAGUUAGAGGACUUCCUUCUGCCAACAGUCCAGCUCUGCCAAACUGUGCUGAAUCAGAUGCGCUACCCCUCCAUACUCCUGUUGGUGUGUCAAGACUCAGAGCAGCACAAGCCUGACAUCCACUUCUUUAACUGUGAUGAAGUAGAGGCAGAGAUGAUUCACGAGGACAUUGAAAGUGCACUUGCUGACCAUAAGUUUGGAAAGAAGAUACGGCCACAGACGCUCAAGGUAAACCAAGAGAAGAUAAAACAGAGACAGUCUAUCCUUCCGCCACCUCAAGGGCCAGCUCCUAUUCCUUUCCAGUAUGAAACAAAAGGCUCAUCUAAGAACAGCUUGAACCGAGUGGCUCCUCCCCCACAGCAUAAUCAUACAGAAUAUGAACGACGAAGUUCUGGCUCUCAGGACCAUGAAGAGUCACGUGCUGUUUUAGCACAGAAGAUUGAAAGAGAAACGCAAACCCUGAACUGUACCUUAGAUGACAUUGAGCUGUUUGUUGCCAAACUUCAGAAAGCAUCAGAGGCAUACAAACAGUUGAACCAAAGGAAGAAAGGAAAGAAGAACAAAAAGAAAGGGCCAGCAGAGGGAGUUCUGACUUUGAGGGCAAAACCCCCAAGUGAAGCUGAAUAUAUUGACUGCUUUCAGAAAACCAAGCUGGCACUAAAUCUCAUGGCCAAACUGAGAAAACAUAUCCAGAAUCCAAGUGCUUCAGAGAUGGUGCAUUUUCUGUUUGGACCAUUGGAACUGAUUGUUAAUAGCUGUGGUGGUCCUGACCUUGCAAGAUCUGUCCUCAGUCCACUUCUUUCUAAAGAUACCACAGAUUUCCUAAAAGGACAUCUAACACCAAAAGAGAUGACACUGUGGGAGUCCUUGGGAGAGACAUGGACAAGGUCAAGAGCUGAGUGGCCAAGAGAAGCCAACGUUCCAAGCUACAUUCCAAAGUUCCGCAAUGGAUGGGAGCCACCCUUGGAAAUUUUCCGUGGAGCCCCUUGGGAAAUAGACUUUGGCCACUUGCAAGAAGAGUUGUCAUCAUCCAAUGGGUAUUCCAGUCGUAACCUAAAGCCUGUUCAGACAGCUGAUCAAAUGCAAGCUGUGGAUGCCUUUACUCAACAUGUUACUCAGCAUGUAAAUAGGAAUUUUGAGGCACAGGGUAUCACCCCACCAAAAAGAUAUGCCAAAAUUCGAUAUGAUUUCACUGCUCGGAAUGCCAGUGAACUUUCAGUGCUGAAGGAUGAAAUUUUGGAGGUUUUGGAAGAUAACAAACAAUGGUGGAAGUUGAGAAACCGGAGUGGACAGGCUGGUUAUGUCCCAUAUAACAUCUUGGAUGUGGUGAAACUGGAAGAUUGUGGAUCCAUUGAAGAGACUAAUCAGAAAUACAAAGGAGAUGUGAGUCCAAGAGGAAUCGGACCUUCCAGCCCCUCACAUAAGUUACCUGCCAGUUAUGCUGGAGAUAAAUGGGGAAGUGAAAUGUUAGCCCGCAAUUCUUUUGAUGCCAAAGAACAACUGAUCCAUCAUAUGGAUGAGGUCAAUGAUGAACUGCUGAAAAAGAUUACUAAUAUUAAAGUGCAGCCUCCUCAAAGAAACUUUAAAGUUGAGAAGGCACAGCAAAUUCAUGUACCCCUGACUUUUGAGUCCAAUGCUGAAGAAGUCAGGGCUUGGCUUGAAGCAAAUUCUUUUAGCAAAGGAACUGUGGACCAUCUUGGAAUACUGACCGGGGCUCAACUUUUCUCUCUGAACAAAGAGGAGCUGAAAAAAGUAUGCGGAGAAGAAGGGGCUAGGGUGUACAGUAAAAUCACAGUUCAAAAAUCUCUCUUAGAGAAAAGCAGAGGAGAGUCAGAGCUUCAAGAAAUCAUGAAGCGGCGUCAGGAGAGGAUUGAUUCUGCUAUUUAAGUUCUAUCUGCUUUUUUCAUCUCUUAAUAUACACUUACUUGCAGAAAAAGGGAAAAGGAGUAUGAAAUAUCCCAUUAAGUGAAAGAGACUGCAGGGACCAGCAUCUGAGCAAUGUAAAUUGCCAUUCAGAGUGACUGUUCCUUGAGCAUUUUUGGUUAUGAGGAGGCUAUACUCCCUUGAUAACAUGACAUUGCAUUGGGAGAGAGGUUGUAGUAUUGCAUGAAGUAUUAUUUUUAUAUUUCUAUAUUUUAUACAGAAAAUUUGUGUGUGUGACAUUCAGGACAUGAGGAAGAUCAAAAUUCAUGUUCUAAGCAGAGGCCGGAUUGAAACAAAAUCAUGUGUACAAACUGUUUCCUGUAUGGCCCAUCACACUACAGUAAAAUAUCACAGAGUGAGCCUGAAAUAAUUAUAAAAGCUCCACAGAAUGUUCCAGGAUAUUCCCUGUGAUUGUAGGAAGAUGAUCUCACCUCUUCUGGUAUACUUUUUAGUACAUAACAUGCUGCCCACUUUGGGGUUCACUUUUGCAACAUAUAAGAAGAGUAAAUAUAGGAUGAGGUAAUGAUCAACUUGCAAGCAAAUUAAUUUGGAAUUUGGUUAUCCUGCCCCAACUGUGUGUGUUGCUUUUAUGUGUUAUCAAAAGUCCUCAGGAAAGCCCUCAUGCACUGAGGAUAAUGAGAGUUCAUCCAGCUGGGUCCAUUCUUGACAGAACCAGUAACAGCACUAUCACCAGGAAAAAAGAAAAAUGUGAGCUGGAUGUGAUUACAGCACAUGUAAAUAUAUUCUGAUGUACUGUGUAAGAGCUCUUGGCCAAGCAAAUAGAUUAUUUUCAUAUCCAUGCCCUCAAGACUGUAUCACCAGUGCCUCCAUUUCUGACAAUGAAGUGAUUGCAAGGAAUUUCCAUGUUUCCCUAGAUUAAUUCAGACAGAUAAAUAUUCAAAUUAUCAUACUUAGAAGUAUGAAAUAUUAUAUCACAAAUGGCCCUUAGCAGUGUGUGUAAGAAACUAAUUUCUCACUGAUUCAAAAACAAUCCCCUGUCCCAAAUUCUCUAACAGGACCAUCCUAAGUAGAAGUACACCCUUCUAAGUGUAGUGAAUUGAGUGACCUUCAAAGAAUAUAAUUCUGCUUAGGAUGGCACUGCCAGGGACCUCAUUAGCUGUGUAAUAGUUUGUUUUGGAAUUCAUCCCUAAUAUAAAAGCCACAGUACUUCUCAAUGCAAGACUGAACUAGUCAAAAUGUGAGUCAGAAUGUGAAAUUUAAGUCCAACCAUUCUGAGUUCAUUCAGUAAUAUAUUUCACUUUAAUUCAUGGAUAUACACUAUAAGGCCUCAGAGACAAGUCUUUUGGGUUCAGGGAAUAUUGUAACAAAUUAAAACUUAGAGGGGGGGGGUUAAAGUGUCCCAUGUGAUUGAGCGAGGGGAGGGAAAGUUUGAAAGCAUGCAUGUUGCCCAUGCCUUGCUCACUCAGAAAUAAGAACAUAUAAAAGAAUUCCAAAUUAGAUUUUAAUAAUCAUAACAGAAAGCAUUGUGUUACUUGAAAUUUUGGAUCUGAUAGUAGUGGAAUCCUUGGUCAUCAAAUUAAGAGUCAAGUGCCACUCUAUGCUAUCACCUGGUGCACACCUAGUUGUCUCCCUCUGUGAAGAUAGUUUCAGGUGGACAGCAUGUUAGUCUGUAGAAGAAGAAAAAAUGGGUCCAAUAACAGAGAACAACAAAAUCUUUAUUACUUUCAUUACUACCAACUCUGUAUAAGAAAAAUGGAUUGGUCUCUACGGUGCUCCUGGACUCGAAUUUUGUCUCCCUCUGAUGAUAAACUAUAAGCCAAAUCCCACAAGCAAUACCAGCUUUCAGAAACUGAGCUGUAUUGUCCAAAUUACAUUGUUUUACUGCAAGUCCACUUAUUUCCAUUCUGGACAUACUCCCCAGGGAACUCUGCUUAGCUCAGCAAAUGUGAAGUAUGCAUGUUGAUUAUGUAUCACUAUAGCUGAAGUUGGUGUCAGUGAGAACUGCAUAUAUCCUUGUUUUAAUGUUCUCAGAUAUUGGAAUGUUCUCAGAUACUGGAAAUAGAAGCCUGAUAAAUCCAUCUGAACAAAUAUGAUUGUUAAAUGCCAUGUUAUUCAAGUUUUGGAUGUAUGAAAAUGAAUUUCUUCUAAAAUUAAGGCCUAUAAAGAUCUGCAUCCAUACAGAAUGAAAUGGCGGCAGCAAUCCCAUAACACUGUUGUUUCUCCCUAAAACACUUUGCUCUGUAUAUGCCUGGACUUAGGCAAGACCAAGCCUUUAAGAAGUACACACAUCACUGCUCAAUGUUUCUUUGCUUACUGUUAUUUGUACAUUAGCCACAGUGGAUUUAGAUUAUAUGUACAUAAAUAGAUAGACAAAGUUCAUGACCAAAAAUCCAUGAAGUUAUAACUAAAUGAAAAUUAUGUUUUCACAUUAUAUUUUACUUGUGAAAAGUAGCUGCACAGAGAUAAUUAAUUACAAUCUAAGAAAUCAGAGCUAGCAUAAAGUAUAUAGUAUAUAUGAAGCUGGCAAGUUUACAGUCAGAAUAUUCAAGUAUGUUUUUGUUUAAUGUUGGACCAGAUUUUAGAACAGAAAAAGCAAACAGAUUGUUUCUUACAUGGAGCUGGUAGCAAUGAAAGUGCAACAACGUAGAAACAAAGCACAACUGUGAGCUCCAAGACAAGAAAUGCAAUGAAUAAAGAACUGCUUUAUUCUCCUUCUCGUGUGCUCCAGCACUGGCUAACAUUAAUGGAUGUGGACUAUUCAAAUUCUAUGCAGAUAUAUACUGAACAUAUUCACAGAGCAAUCCUAUGCAGAGUUAACCCCGUCUAAACUCAUUUACUUCAAUGGAUGUAGAACAGCGCAACUAAAUUUAAGACUGCACUAUUAGUGAAUUAAAACCUUUCAGUCCUAUUUGGUGACACUUACCUCUAAUAAAAAUGCAGCCACAUAUUAGUUCUAUCCCCUAAAAGUCAAUGAACCAGUGUAAUGGUGGCCACACCGAAAGCUCUGCAGUGGCUGCACUUGAGAACCCAUGCUCUUCUUGUUUUAGUUGGGAGUGCUCACAACAUAUCAAAUCGAUUAUUUACAUAUAUUUUAACAGGGUUAGGAUCUUGCCUAAUUUGUUCAGUCAAACAUGGCUUGAUAUAAUUAUGCUGAACUGUAUGUAUGUAUUGUAAACAUGCUAUUGUAAACAGGGAUAGCAAGCUGGUUUCAAAAUUAAAAGAUAUUUACACAUCA